AUGGGGAAAGAAGAGACUGUUUGUAAAAAGGCAUGGAAAAACAUACGGGAUCGGUACGUGAAAGCUAAAAAGAAAAGCCACGGAAGAAGUGGUGACCCAGGUGGAAACAAACAUGUUUCACCCAUUCUAGUGGAGCUGGGAUGGCUCUCCCAGUUUGUGAAACAUAGAUCGACCGACACCAAUCUGGAAAGAGAGGCUGAGAACACAGAACUGAGCAGCCAAGAACACAUCAUACAACUGGAGACGGUCUGCCUCCCUACCUCCACCGGUCUGCUUCAACUCACCGAUCCAAGCAUGCCAACAACAUCUGGCACCUUCACUCCAUCACCAAAUAGUGCAUUUUCACCUGCUGUAGCAUCACUUCCUGCAGUGUCCACAUCAGGAACAUUUCGUUGUAGCAGCCCUUCACCGUUGUCCUUUGCUCCAUCAACCUCAACACCACUUUCCCUCCCCACUUCACCUAAACCCACCUCCUCACCACUUCCUUUACCCUCAUUCUCUCAUUCUACCCCUUGUCCUUCAUCUAGUCAUUCUUCACCACUUACCAUCUCUCCAUCCCCUAUUCCUAGUCCCUUGUCUUCUUCACAAUCCUUCAGGCCCAUCCCCAAUUCACUCAGAGCUUCACCAUGCCCUAGCAUCUCCCCACGUCCCAUAGCUUCAUCCACUAAUUGUAAUUCAGCACGGAAAAAGAAAUACACCACUGAAGAAGCUGUUCUCAAAAGAUUGGAACAGCUUGACCAGGAAAGAGAGAGAGUCAAGCAGCAAGACAAUGAAGAUUUUCACUUUGCUGUCAUCAUUGCAGACAUGUUAGGUAAAAUACACCCUAACCACAAGUCAGAAGUAAAAUUUCAGUUAUACCAGGCAAUGUUUGAAGCAGAGAAAAAAUACCCAAAAUAAAAUUUACCCACCAGUGUUUGUAUUGUACAUCUUGCAAUUGACUGGUACACUAUAUUGCCAAAAGUAUUCGCUCGCCUGCCUUCACAGGCAUAUGAACUACAAUUAUUGACUGUAGUCCAUCUGUUUUUCUACAUACUUUUUAACCUGCUUUCACCGUGUUCUUCAAUGGUCAGGACCACCACAGAGCAGGUAUUAUUUAGACUAUUCUCAGUCCAGCAGUGACAGUGAGCAUUGCUGUGUCUUAUCCACUCAUACCAGCACAACACACACGAACACACCACCACCAUGUCAGUGUCACUGCAGUGCUGAGAAUCAUCCACCACCUAAAUAAUACCUGCUCUGUGGGGGUCCUGACCAUUGAAGAACAGGGUGAAAGCAGGUUAAAAAAGCAUGUAGAGAAACAGAUGGACUACAGUCAGAAAUUGUAGAACUACAAAGUGUUUCUAUAUGGUAAGUAUUCUAUAUAAAAGUUUUUCAGGAUGAACUCAAGUUCACAUGUGUGUGAAGGCAGGCAAGUGAAUACUUUUGGCAAUAUAUUGUAGUUCUCCACUUAAGAGAUG